UGUUCUGCUCUUGAUCUCUCUUUUACUACGAAAAUGCCUGCCAAAAAGGGUUCGGAUAAACCAGCAAGUGGUUCUUCGGAAAAGAAGGACGACAAAAAGAAACCAACUGCAGCAGCCUCUGCAUCGGGAGCUAAGAAACCAGCUGCCGCCGCCCCAAAAAAGGCCGCUGAGAAGCCCGCUGCUGCCAAAAAAGCUGCACCAGCUAAAAAGGCAGUCCCAGCAAAGAAACCUGCUGCUGCUAAGAAGACAGGAGAUAAGAAACCUGUAGCUAAAAAGGUCGCUGCCAAGAAGCCUGUUGCCAAGAAACCAACAACUGGAAAGGCUACUAAAGCUAGUGGUGAUGCUGCUAAAUUGCAAAAAGGUACUGCUAAGGCCAAGGCAACCGCAAUCCUCAAGGCGAAGCGUGCUAAGACCAAGGUUGUUAAAGGCCCAUAUGGAACACGCAUCCGUAAGAUUCGUACAUCUGUUCGUUUCCGUCGUCCGCGCACCUUGCGUCUCCCACGUAAUCCCAAAUACCCCCGCAAGGCUGUACCAACCAGAAACAAGAUGGAUGCCUUCAACAUUAUCAAGUAUCCACUAACAACUGAAGCCGCCAUGAAGAAAAUUGAGGACAACAACACUUUGGUGUUCUUGACACACUUGCGUGCAAACAAAAACCACGUUCGUGCUGCCGUUCGCAAAUUGUACGACAUUAAGGUUUCAAAGGUGAACACCUUGAUUCGACCAGAUGGCAAAAAGAAGGCUUAUGUGAGACUCGCACGCGAUUAUGAUGCUCUAGAUAUCGCAAACAAGAUUGGAAUUAUCUAAGCAACUUGCAAAGGUGAUUUUCUUGUCCAAACAUUAACUGGAUUAUUCACAAAAAUCGUAAAUAAAAACAAGAAAAUUAAUGAA